AAUAACUGAUGUUUGUUUUAAGAGAUAAAUUUCUAAAAACCCAUUGUACAUGUAAAAACAUUCUAAUCUAUAUAUAGCUAUAUUUUGUAUUAAAUUGUUAAUAACCAUGUCCAUUACUGUGGAUACAUCUUUCUCGGUACCUCCACCUCCAAUAAACUUUUCAAUUCCGCCGCCUUCAACCAAUACAUUCAUUCCGACAAACUACAGGUUUCAAGGUCCUAUACCUUUAAAUAUACGCGGUCCAGGUCUAGGUGUACCACCAAGACAUCCAAUAAAUAAAAGUGCGCCACCAUUAGAUUUAGAUUUUGAUGGUAAACGAUUGAGAAAAUCUGGUCUGCGUAAAACAGUUGACUAUAAUGCGUCAUUAAUUCGAAUGCUUCAAAAUCGUAUUUGGCAACGAGACUUUAGAGAUAGACCUUUUUUAGAACCUGAUGUAUUAUAUACUCCUCAACUUUUACCUCCACAAUGUUAUGUAGAUAAUUCUGUAAAUGCAGUUACAACAGCUUUUGUCAAGACUGUUACCAACAAAGUACGGUGUCCUGUAUUUUGCUUAGCUUGGACUCCAGAAGGUAGACGUUUAAUCACUGGUGCGUCUAGUGGUGAAUUUACUUUAUGGAAUGGACUAACAUUUAAUUUUGAAACUAUUUUGCAAGCUCAUGAUUCACCUGUUCGUUCAAUGGUAUGGUCUCAUAAUGGUAACUGGAUGACUACUGGUGAUCAUACUGGUUUUAUUAAAUAUUGGCAAUCAAAUAUGAAUAAUGUCAAAAUGUUUCAAGCACAUAAUGAAGCUGUUAGAGGUAUAAGUUUUAGUCAAUCUGAUGAUAAAUUUGCAACUUGUUCAGAUGAUGGUACUAUACGUAUAUGGGAUUUUUUUACCAACCAAGAAGAAAAAAUACUUAGAGGUCAUGGGGCAGAUGUAAAAUGUAUUGAUUGGCAUCCUCAUAAAGGUCUUUUAAUUUCUGGCAGUAAAGAUAACCAACAACCAAUUAAACUAUGGGAUCCAAAAUCAGGUCAAUCAUUAGCCACAUUACAUGCUCAUAAAAGUACAGUUAUGGACGUUAAAUGGAAUGCUAAUGGUAACUGGGUAAUAUCUGCUUCUAGAGAUCAUUUGUUAAAAUUAUUUGAUAUAAGAAAUCUUUCCCAUGAAGUUCAAACAUUCAGAGGUCACAAAAAAGAAGCUAGUACCAUUGCUUGGCAUCCAUAUCAUGAAAAUUUAUUUUGUAGUGGAGGUUCUGACGGGGCUAUAUUAUUUUGGAAUGUGGGUGUUGAUAAGUUUGUUGGAUCUAUUGAUCAAGCCCAUGAUAGUAUUGUUUGGUCAUUAGCCUGGCAUCCAUUAGGUGAGGUAUUAUGUUCUGGUUCAAAUGAUUACACUUGUAAGUUUUGGACCCGAAAUAGACCUGGAGAUAAAAUGACUGGAAAAUAUCAUUCAGUUAAUACUGUUUCUAGUAUGUUAAAAACAGAUAACAUGACAGCAGAUGCUCAAUCAACUAUUCCUGGAAUGGGUCUUGAGGAUAUUGCUGAAGAAGAUUCUAAUAAAAUAUCAGUUGAUAAUAAUACUAUACCACUUUUAGACAUAACUUCUACAGAAGAACCAAGAGUGCGACAAAUUAAGAAAAUUCCUUAUUCUAAACCUAUUCCUAAAAAUUUCCAAAAGUUCUGGAAUGAAUACAAAACUAAUGAUGAAAUAAUAGAAGAUGAUUCUGAAGAAAAUCUUGGCCCUGAUAGUGAUGUAGUUAAUAAUGUUGUUGAGAGUUUAAUGGAUUUAAUUCCAGGUUCAAGACCAGCAAGUGAAUUAAAACCGGAAUCACUUCUUGUGUAUGGACAAAUGAUAAAAGUAGAUCAAAAUUCACCAUUAGAAAAUGCAAUUAAAGAGGGUAGAGAAUCAUUAAUGCGUCUUCUUCAUUCUGGUGCAAUACCAGAAGUACGGCAACAUCUUUCAUUUGAAAAUAAUAAUGAUCCAAUUUAUGCAUAUGCUUCCAAACAUCUUCAAAAAGAUCAAGACUUACGCAGAAAUAACCCAUUUAACAAUAAUGUAAAUGUCAACUUUCCUAUGAAUCAGGAUGUUGAUCUAAGAAUCAAUAACAAUUUCAACCAAACUUAUGGAUCUUCUACUAAUUUUCAAUCAGCUUCUAAUGACAAUUUUAAUAGACAAACAAUUAAUCAGUCAUCUAAUUCAAGUGGUUUCAGUCAACCAACAAGAUCUUAUUACAAUAAAUCACAUCCGUAUAAAAAUAAUUCACAAAAUAACAGGUCAUCUCGACAAUAUGGAAACAAUCAAAAUGGCUCGCACAAUGGUCCACCACCUAAUUUAAUGGAAUCCACUUUUUCGAGACCAUCAAAUUACCGAUCAAAUUCACAAAGACAACCUCAAAAUUAUAAUGACAUUUGAAUAUGGUUCUUGAGUGGGUACCGAGUUACAAAACUAUUACAUGGUAUUAUAAAAUGUAUAAAAAUAUUGUAA